CUGCCAACUUCAGCUGACGAACUGCCCUUCCACGCUCACUACGCUUUUACACAAUUCAAGCUUGCUCGUAGCCAGAGGCGUGAUAGUGGACAACACCAUGGCUCAUACUGACCAUACUGACCAUACCAUUACGGAAAAGAUGCUGGGAGAAACACGCCUGAUUAACAAAGCUGCGUCUGGUAUCUCGUACUUUACCCCAGAACAAGAUCCACCGGCAGGAACUGCCAUUGGAAUGCAAGAUGGUAGCUCAGAAAUCCCUAAGCUUUUCACUCCACUUAAGCUUCGAGGGCUCGAGCUACAGAAUCGUAUAGUGCUUUCACCUCUUUGUCAGUACUCUGCCCAAGACGGUCACCAGACAGCAUGGCAUCUUGUACACCUUGGCGGUAUCAUUCAGCGUGGAGCUGGUCUCACGUUUGUGGAGGCUACUGCCGUCCAGCCUGAGGGUCGUAUCACACCAGAAGACUGCGGCCUUUGGAAGGACUCCCAGAUGGAGCCGCUCCGCAAAGUCGUUGAAUUUGCCCACUCGCAGAAUCAGAAAAUUGGUAUCCAGCUUGCACACGCCGGCCGUAAGGCUAGUACCGUGGCUCCGUGGCUAAGCAAGGGCGAUGUCGCUGGAAAGGAUUUAAACGGUUGGCCUGACAGUGUAUACGCACCUUCCGCCAUUCCUCUCAACGAUCGUCAUUGCCAGCCUAGGGAGAUGACAAAGGAAGAUAUCGAGAGCUUCAAGACUGCAUUCAAGCUAGCCACUGAGCGAGCUAUUAAGAUUGGCUUCGACACAAUUGAGAUUCACAACGCUCAUGGAUAUCUCUUGCACUCUUUCUUGUCGCCCGCCUCCAACAAGCGCACCGACGAGUAUGGAGGCUCUUUCCAAAACCGUACUCGCCUGACCCUUGAGAUCGUAGAGAUUGUUAGGAAGAUAAUUCCUGAGGAUAUGCCCCUUGUUCUCCGUAUCAGCGCUACCGACUGGCUUGAAGAAUCCGGCAUCGAGGGCUGGACUCUUGACCAGACCGUCAGGCUCGCUGAGAUCCUCGCGUCUAAGGGCGUUGACUUACUUGAUGUCUCAUCUGGGGGUCUUCACGAGAAGCAACACAUUCACAGCGGACCUGGAUACCAAGAACCCUUUGCUAAGGCCGUUAAAGAUAAAGUUGGCGACAAGAUGCUUGUUGGUACUGUGGGCUCAAUUACUAAUGGCGACCAAGCCAACAGGUACCUUGAAGAAGAUCACUUAGACGUCGCAUUCGUUGGCCGCAUGUUCCAAAAGAAUCCGGGAAUCGUAUGGGCAUUCGCUGAUGACCUUGGCGUUGAGGGUCGAUGGGCAAAUCAGAUCCGAUGGGGGUUCAAAGGCCGCGGAAAAAAGUAAGUCGCUUGCCUAAUCUACGUCGCUCAUUCACUUUUCUUUGCAAUUAUCAUCAAAAGAGCUUGAGCCAAUAUCUUUGUAUUUGACGAGGGAUUGUCGAUCUGUCUUGGAUUAGAAAUCUAAUGCUCAUUCUAGGGACGAAAAUAUAAAGCCUAAUCAGUUUGCAAAUGAGGGUGAUUUCAUUCUACAUCAGGGCAGGUAGAUGCAGUUCCCCUUUUAAAAGAGUAAGAUCUGCGUUACUCUCUGUCGCAUUAGGUCUAUAGAGAUAGGUCCUACUAGGCUAAGUAUUAAUUAUUUUAAGAGUUAGUACGCCUAUUCCUAUAUAUAUUCUAUUAAGAAUAGUUUUCUCUAUAGUUUAGUUAGAGGCUAUCUAUUAAAUUAAUAGUUUUCUUUUAAACCCUAGCUAAU